AUGUACACAGUUGCAUAUUCUGAUCACUCAUGUUUCACAAAGAUAGUGGAGUUUGUUAAGUUCAUAUGCCCAACUAACAUGAAAGGUAGUGUGUCUUCGUCAUCUUCUUAUGUUGAUCCUUGUUACCAUCUUCGCCUCAUCUAUGGAACAUCAAGUUUAUAUAUGAAACAUGUGGGUAGGAAGAAAGGGAAUGUUAGUGACUGUUUGUGGUCCUCCUGUAUUUCACUUUAUCCAUCACCAUCUCAUCUGGAGGCUGGAGCCAACACCAUCUCUGCAAACCAGUCUCUGUCUGGAGACCAUACAAUCAUAUCUGAAGGCGAACAGUUUGAACUUGGUUUUUUCAAAGCAGGUAACUCUUCCAAGUAUUACACAGGCAUCUGGUAUAACAAGGUCUCUUCCAAUCCCCCUACCAUAGUUUGGGUGGCGAACAGAGAAACACCCAUCUCUGAUAGAUUCCGUUCAGAACUAAAAAUCAUUGAUGGUAAUUUGGUGCUCUUGAAUGAGUCAAAGUUCCAGAUUUGGUCCACAAACGUCUCCACCACCACUACUUUGAAGUCUGUAAUAGCUGUUAUUCUUGAUGAUGGCAACUUAGUUUUGAGAGACAGUACUUCAAAUUCAAUUGAACCUUUUUGGCAAAGUUUCGACCACCUAACUCAUACUUGGUUGUCUGGUUCUAAACUUGGUUAUGAUUAUAGAACAAAAAAGAGUCAGAUUAUUAGAUCAUGGAGAAGUAACGAAGAUCCUGCUGUAGGACUCUUCUCUUUGGAGUUUUAUCCGCCAGGUAAUGAGUAUGUAAUCAAGUGGAAUGGUUCUCAACAAUAUUGGAGGAGUGGAGCUUGGAAUGGGAAAAUAUUUGACUUAAUACCUGAAAUGAGGUUGGAUUAUAUUUACAAUUUCAGCUACCAUACGAAUGAGAAUGAGAGUUACUUCACUUAUUCUGUGCGCAAUCCUUCCAUUAUGACUAGAUCUAUAAUGGAUGUUUCUGGUCAAAUUCAGCAACUAACAUGGUUGGAAGCUACCAAAGAGUGGAAUUUAUUUUGGUCUCAACCUAGAACGCAAUGCGAGGUCUACGCUUUGUGUGGGGCUUUUGGGAUUUGCAGGCAAUCUGGAUUACCUUUCUGUAAUUGCUUGACUGGCUUCAAGCCUAGAUCUGAGAGUGAUUAG